CGGACCGGCGUGCUGUCAGCGCGAGGCCGGCCCGCUUGCCCACGCCGAGCUCCGGCCGGGAGUAGCCUGCGGGCCUCGCAGGUGAAGGGGCCGAGCCGCCGGGAAAUCAAGGAUUGGCGUGGCAUUGCUUUGACAAGCACUUCCUGUUGACUUCAUAGAGAUUUCACUGAAGAAUAAUCUCAAAGGAACAUUUGUCUCCCCAUACCCCUGGUAGCUAGCAAAUGUUUUUAACUACCUGGAAAACAUCAGUGACCUUUGGGCUUGGCCUGCUCCAGGCAACUGAAUGAAGGUUUCUUCCAGUUGUUUCCAUAGCUAUAUGGCAGAAGCACCUCUUUGCUAGGUGAAUGUUCCUGAAGCCCUUUCCUGAAGCAGCUUAAGGGGCUUAAACCUUUCAGAGCCGAUGACAUGGAAGCUUUGGAAGUGGAUGAUAUCAGCCCAGCCUUAGAAGUUACUGAGGAUUUCUUUAGUACUUUUGAUAGUAAGCUAGAAAAAGCAGUGCAGCAAGGAGAGGUCUAUGGGGUUCAGGAGGUUCCUGAGUUGGUGGGGCACGAGGUACUCCGUAACAUAACAGACAAUGGUGCUAUGAGAAACACUGUCUCCUUGGGCAAGGGGAGCAUGAUUUGGGACCACUGUAAGAGCAGGCUCUUGGAAACCAAAGCUCAAAAUGUCUUCCCUGCCAAAGAACAGUUUGUGGUCCAGAGAGGGACAACCCCUGACAAUCUUUCCUGGAUGGAACAAAAGGAAGCAUCAACCUUCAAUUUUUUCAGUGUCUGUCAGCGUCGCAGGGACAGACCACGUUCUGUGAAUGACUUAUUGGAUGAGACCUCAGCUUUCAAGCCAGGCCAUGCUCGUUCAAGGUCUGAUAUUACCCAAGUGGACUGGAGGGCAGUCCUUAAAACCAUGCCUUUGCAGCAGCAGCCACCUCAGCAGCCGUCUCUUCAAGGCAGUCAUCUCACCAGACCUUCUUUUCUGUUGCCCUCACCAAAUACAUUAGAAGAUGCUCAAGGAAAUACUGAACACAAGCAAACAUUCCCAAACAUUCUGAAAAAGGGAUACUUGGAGAUUAGGAAGGACCAUGACAGUUACUGGCAAAGCUGUUACGCAGAACUCUCACCCUACAACUUAUACUUCUACAGCCUUGACAGCAGUGGGAAUCAAAACCUCUAUGCCACGUACCAGCUUUCACAUUUCCAGAGCAUUUCUGUUUUGGGCAACCUUGAGGCCAGGAUGGUGGAUACCAUUCUGUAUGACAACACCCAGCUACAACUAAAGGCAGAGUCACCGUGGGAGGCUCUGGACUGGGGGCAGAAGCUUUGGGAAGUCAUGCAUGCUGCUGUGCCUGGUUCUGUGGGACGUCAGGAUGAGCUGGCAAACUCUCCAGGGCUUGGCCAUCAUGUUGACUGUACUCACAGCCAUUGUUUACAGAAGAAAUCCAAUGGGCUGCCGCCACCAUCCUCUGUCUCAGAUAAUCCCAAGCAGUACCAAAACAUCCUUAAGUCAGGGACACUCUAUAGGCUAACCGUCCAGAACAACUGGAAGGCAUUCACAUUUGUGCUGAGCAGGUCCUACCUAAUGGCUUUUCAUCCCGGCAAGCUGGACGAUGACCCCCUGCUCAGCUACAAUGUGGACGUGUGUCUGGCUGUCCAGAUGGACAACCUGGAUGGGUGUGACUCUUGCUUUCAAGUCAUUUUCCCGCAGGAUGUCCUCCGCCUCCGAGCUGAGACCCAGCAGAGGGCUCAAGAAUGGAUGGAGGCUCUGAAAACGGCUGCCAACACAGCAAGGAGUUCAGAGCAAAACCUGCAGGUCACACUGAGAAACAAACCCAAGGAUCAGCCUGGUGGGAUCGAGCUCAGGAAGAACAAGCGCCAGUCCGUGACCACAAGCUUCCUGAGCAUCCUGACGACUUUGUCUUUGGAAAGAGGGCUCACCGCACAGAGUUUCAAAUGUGCAGGUUGCCAGCGAUCCAUUGGCCUUUCUAAUGGGAAAGCCAAGGUGUGCAAUUACAGUGGUUGGUAUUACUGUAGCAACUGCCACGUGGACGACAGCUUCCUCAUCCCAGCCCGCAUAGUCCACAACUGGGAUACUUCAAAGUACAAGGUGUCCAAGCAGGCCAAAGAGUUUCUGGAGUAUGUGUACGAAGAGCCGCUGAUCGACAUCCAGCAGGAGAACCCCAUGCUGUACCUCCACGCCGAGCCACUGGCCAGCGUGGUGCGGCUGCGGCAGCAGCUCAAGUCACUCCGAGCCUAUCUGUUCAGCUGCCGGGCAGCCGUGGCCGAGGAUCUGCGCCGCAGGAUUUUCCCCAGAGAAUACCUCCUUCAGCAGAUCCACCUGUACUCCCUUGCAGACCUGCAGCAGGUGAUAGAGGGAAAGCUGGCUCCGUUUUUGGGCAAAGUCAUUAAAUUUGCCACUGCGCACGUGUACAGCUGCAGUCUUUGUAGCCAGAAGGGCUUCAUCUGUGAAAUCUGUAACAACGGAGAGAUCCUCUACCCUUUUGAGGAUAUUUCAACAAGCAGGUGUGAAAGCUGUGGAGCCGUUUUCCAUUCCGAAUGCAAAGAGAAGUCUGUCCCCUGCCCGAGGUGUGUCCGCCGAGAGCUGCAGAAGAAGCAGAAGUCUUUCUGGCGGCGGCUGAACAUGGACGAGUGCCUGGAGGAGGUGUGUGCCAUGUUUGAGCUCUCCUAUCAGAACACCUGAUUCAGGCCGGCCCCCCAGCCAGGAUUCACCCAGCAGCCACCCACCAGCCCCAAGUGGCUUCCUAACUAGCCAGUUAGCCCCCUUUGGAAGAGCAGCCUGUCUCAUCCUCAGCUAGGUAUAGCUAGAUAUAUAUUUAUUUAUUUAUCUAUACACAUACCUGUACGUCCUGUGCGUAUGUUCUGUAUAAAUCAUUGUCUGAAGGUCCCCAGAACCUCUGGGACUCAAAAAACUACCAGUCUGUGAAUUACAUUUAGCCAUGAAUUUCAGCUGCUCGCCCCCAAGCAAAAUGUGGUUUCCACACAAGGCUUCCUAGUCCAGACUUUUUCUCAGUUGGCCGAGUCCACGUGAUGACACAAGACACAGGUGGAAGCAUUGCCUGCAGAACAGCAGUGCUGCAGGUUAUUUUUGUGUUAUUUAUUUUUAGCUCUCACAGAGGCUGAGGUGACUGGGGCAAGCACCCAUCAUCAUGUGUUUCAUAGGAAAAUCUUCAAAACACAAAGUGCCCUGGGCCCUUUGCAGGGCCCAGUGUCCCUUGGCUCUCUCCUGCCUCAGCUUUUCCCAGAGAGGUAGGCAUCACCUGGGCAGGGCAGCAUGACUAGAAGGCAAGUGUGCCAGCUCUCGGCCUGCACGAAGCAUCCGCAGGAGAGCCGAUUCUGCUCUGAUCUGAAGUGAAUCUCAGAAAGCUCUGCCUCAGAGAGAAGAGACCUCUGCAAGUAGUGACCACCUGUUGCUGGCCCAUUUGCUGGUACGAAUCGCGGCCCUUGCCCCAGGAUGUGACUGGCGGGCUGUAAUCAUGGCUUUCUCAAGAAGAGUUUCCCAAGGGCAUCGGGGUGGUAUUUACCAUGUCCUAGGAUUGUUGUCACAGCCAGCGGUGUGUGACUGGCAGACAGGGUAUGUGGUGCAUAUAUUCCGAGACUCUUCAGUUCCUUCUCGCAGGUCCUGUGCCGGCAACUCCCACCCGCCUGCUACUAAUGCUUUAUUUCUCACUGUUCGUCACUGCACUUCCAUUGAGACAUUUGUCAAUGUAGCCACUCUUGCUUCACAUCGUUUUAGUUGGUUAAAAAAUCAGAGUCACCUGAAACUUAAAAUAACCAGCUUUAUUAUAAAGGAAAUACCAAGCUUACAGUCACAAUUAAUGAAUUAAACCUAAUCUUAUUUAAGUAAAUACAUGCAUAUCUAUUUUCCACCUUACAACUAAAAGCUCUAAUAUAACAUAACUGGAAUAAGGAAUCUAAUGAGUUGCUUUGCUACUUGGUAGGGUAGCAUCUCUCCCACUGCAGUGCCCUUUUCAGAGCCAGCGGAGCAGCCACGGUGACCGAAAUGGCAGGUCGGUCCGCACUGGACACCUGACGGCUCCCUUCCCUUCUGCCUUCACUCCUUCCAAGAUAGGAAAAUGUGCUGGUAACGCAGCGAUUCCCCGUGGACUUUACGGGAAGAUGCCUUCAUGGGUCAGUGGUCCCACCGCUGUCAGGAGCCGGGGAAAUUGCUGGCUCACUAAGUGCAUGAACGUUCAGCCCCACUGCUCCUUUCCCCACCUCCUGCUCCCUCCAGCUCCCAACCCGCGAUACUCCAGGAGGCGACAUUUCAGCCUGACGUGUGUGCAAUCAGACGUUAGCGUUUUGCCUCGCAGCCCACACCAGUUCUUUUGGCUCCAGAACACACAGCUCAGCCUCGUAGCCGAGCACCACACGCACAUUUCUUUUCUGAGUCUACAGUAGUCAUAACCAAGGCAUGAAAACCUGUGAAGAGUUUUCAUGAGCUGCCUCAUGGUGCCUUUUACUCUUAGAAAAAACAGGUUGACUUUCCCCUGCCUCUUGUUAGAGAGAAAGUUGUACACAAAAGGAAAAGGAUGGAAAAUCUCAAACACUUGGCAAACAGGCAAACAAAUUUGGUCAUCUCCUCUCCUCCUCCCCUUGGUGAAAUACAGUAUUUAUAUUUUCCAGCCUCGGAGAAGAUAGCAGAACAUGAUCUUUCACUAGAGAAUUAUAGACCUGCUUAUUAUAAAACAGAUGUGCUCCCAUGGCGAAGUGCCUUCUCCCUCCGCCCCCAGCUCCCUGUCACUGUAGCUUACUUUUGCCUUCGCUGUAAUUAAUGUAUCUGUGAUUCCAACUGUCAGCAAGGCCAUUCCCAGCACAUGCACUUGGAGACCUGAAGUGCAUGGCCGUCCUCCCCCUGUGACGUGUUUGCUCUGUGUACAGAGGCUCCUGGCCCAGCUCGCAGACAUCCGGGGCUGGAGCUGCCGAGAGGCCAGGGUGAGAUCCCGGGCCCCUGAUCUAAAACGCCUCUGUUUCCGCCAGUGCCCAGGGAGAGGGCCCUGUUCAAUCAGGGCAACGCGCCCCCCCCCCCCCAACUCCAAGGGAGAAUUUGCCUCCCACAGCACUUUCUACUUAUUUUCAAAAGGGGAAAAAAAUAGAUCACCAUCAGCUACCCAGAAUGGGAACCAGGUCCCAAUUGCUUCUGUUUUCUCUCCUCUGUGGACAACCCUGAUGGCCUGGUCGGUGCCGGCCGCAGGCCUGCGUUGACAUUCCUUGCCACCACCACCCAAAUCAGAGGACAGAGCAGUGCCAGCCGAGGAGCUGGGCCUGCCAUGAAAGCUCAGAAUUGCUGUUUUCCGCCCAGAAAGCCUUGGAGCACAUGAACGCCCUUACUGUUUGCAAGCCUAACAAAUUACUUGGUGCACUGUUAGGUAAUUGUUCCCCUGCUUAGAAACUGUCGAAACAAAAGCAGAGCUGUGGAUUACCACCUCCUUAAGACCAGGCUAAUACCUGCUUUUCCUCGUGUUCCGUUUUUCAUCCCAUAUUAAAUAUCUCACACGUAAAAGCAUCCGAGAAAAUGGCCAAUUAAUCUCCUGGAGCUGGCCGCCGGCUCCGGGGGAGCUGCUUUUCACUGACAGGCCCGUUCCCUGGUGUGUCACCGGAGGAAAUCCCUCCUCCCAGAGCCAGAAACUCAUGUGUGAGACCGUCCAACCCUGGUGAAAUGUUGGCAUCUAACCCCGCAAUAAAGAAGCCAGUUCCUAAAAUAGACCUCACUGCACACGGCUGCAGGAAGGCCACAGAGCACUUAAAAAGACGGCAACUGGAAUGAGAGCCGUGCUUCCCGUCCCCCCCCCCCCCCCAGGGCUGCCUGGACCCGGAGUUGAAAGCCUCUUUAUACAAAAACCAUGUUCUCUCUUGCUGGCCACCUUCGCGUCCUUGUCUUUUCCAGGGGACUGUGUCGUGGUCAUUUUCAUGGCCGGAGUGCUGGCUGGCAUGGCAGGAGCCAGACGAGCUGAGAGGGUGGUCACGUUUCAGUCCCUCAAGGCCAGGGCUCCACCGCAGAGGCAGAACAGCCAGUGCGUAGGAUGUGUGGUUGCCAACAUGGCGCCGUCCUUCAGACGUGUGCACCGGGACUAUGUCCUGACUUCCGGCCACAGUGAGAACUGGGCUGGUCGUAUCACUUGGGCUGCCCUGUGCAGCCUGGCUGAGCCGCAGCAUGGCCUGGGAUGUGGGGGCCCCUGUUUCUGAGUGCUACAUCUACAUGCUCAUCGACACCUCAAAGAGGCCUCACUUCCAAACCUGAGGCCUUCCUCCCUACUCACUGGCCAAAAAAGGCCCUCCAUAAAUUAAUCAUUUAUCAGGUGGAACUGACAUGCUUCGUGCACUCACCACUUCCUGCAAAGGGACGCUGUUCAAAAAAGACACUGCCUUCCCCUCCCUUAGGGUAGAGCUGAUGGGGUUGCUCAUACAUUUGUGCAGAAUUAGUGACCCCUCCACUGAUCUGUUACUGGAUCAACUUCAGCUUUUGCUUCGCACACUGCCUGUCUUCAAUGCAGCGGUUAUUUUUAUUUAUUUAUUUACUUUUGCUUCUCACGGUAAACAGAGAUGUGUGCAGUUUUCUCCCUUUUUUGUUUCUUGAGUUUUCUAACCCAUUUUUCUCCUUACUCUGGAAUGGAGCAAAAAGGUAGGGAACUUGGGGUAAAACUGCAAGAAUAUGAGUCAUAAGCCGUAUUCUCCUCUUCUUCGGACUGCACUCAUUAGUACCGGGCACCAGGAGCUUCGCGCCAGCACCUUGCACCUCGCUUCUGAGCCUGAGUGGAAAAGAGCUCACUGCUCUCAACGGACUCCAGCAAGGAGUGACUGAGCCCUGCUCGGUUCAUCGAAACAGGCAGAUGCUGAUUUUGAUCACGUGGGACAGUGUUUUGCCAGCAAAGUCUAGCACCCAGCAGGCGUCUUACUGGCACACAAUUCUAAUUUCAUUGGACUCAAAACCACUGACUCCUGUGUUUUAGUAGAUGCACAGCUGAUGUGAAACCCGGGUCGUUGUUCACCUCUAGUUGAAAGACACGUGCUGUGUGCCCUCCCGGGCAUACCCGCAGUUGUCAGGGGUCUCAUUUAAAACAGCUUCCAGAUGAUCCUGACGUGGAACACUUUCCUUGUGAGGCAGCCUCGGAUGUGAGGGAGGGAAGGCCUUACUAAAUGCAAAUGAGACAACAGCAGGUUUUCUUUGGUUCCUGGUGGGAAGAGAAGCCAGUUGCAAACCUCCUCAUCUGGUUAGGGAGCUCCUGAGUGAAGUCAGUCGUUGCCAGGGUAGGAGACUCGGGUGCCUCUUCAGUGAGGUCCCCUCCUACUGGUGGGAUAGCUGCCAGCCACCCUCUCCCUUCAUCCCACCCUCACCCCGCCCCCCAGCGCAUGCCCCAUACCUCCAUCUUCCUUGCCCUGUGUUCCGAGUUCCGAGCGCCAGCCCCGAUUCAAACCUCGUGGCUAAUAAGCCAGCUGGUAGACACGGCGGUCCUGUGGCUCCUUCUCCAUGCCAGCCUUCCCGUGUGUUCCCCGCCCUGUAGGAGUGCCUUAUAGUACCGCCUCGUGCUUCUAGAAGCCUGCAGCUUCUCCAGCUCAGUGCUCAGCCCUUUGCUUCCUUCCUGCUGGCCACUCUUCAUCCAGACGUGCUCAGAGUCUGUGUAUUCUAUGAGGCACAUCAGACCUCUCACCUCCCUUGAACCGGUGCCUUAACUGCACAAGGAGAGGAGUGCAACCACAUGGGUAGUAGAGAAGUAAAAACACUGGCGACUCAAUCACAGAAGGUUUUGGCUUUGUUUUAUGCUGCUUUUUUCUGCACUCUUUUUGUUUGCUUUCUGACUCUCAUUAACCAAACUCAGGGGAACAUCAGGCCAAUGGUAUAGACAAUAAAGGCCAAUGGGUAGAGAAAUAAAACCCACGAUCCAGAACAGAAUGUGUAAAAUCGGUGAACUUGGCCACUUUCAGGCUCCAAAUUUACACACAAGGAUUUUCUUUUUCAUUUACUAUAAAAAAGAUUUUCUUUUGCCAUGUGUUUCCACAUGGGAAGUGGGAAGCCUCUUAGAUAAACUGUGACAUUGACAAAUGUCUCUCAAUGUGGUGUGGGCAGCCCCUUGAAGUGUCAGAUUGGACGUUCACCAUGGGCAAUGGAGGGUAGUGACCAUGGCCAUGCAGGAGAUGUCUGUACAACUUCUUCUCGUGCACCUUUCCGUAUUUUUGCUCAUUCAGUACAGGAUUGACCAAAAUGUUGGGUUUGGGCUAUUAGAUCACUCCUAUUUGUAAUAGCUAAUGUGCUAACUUACACAUACGUUCUUUCUACUUUCUGGAUAUCAUUGCCUUUUGUUUCAGCAUAACAUCCAUAUUUUUGUUUGCAUCAUUUUCCAAAAUAUAGUAACUGUAAUGAUGUCAAACUGAGGUGUUGUUGACAAGACCGCUAGUUUUUAUGGUUGUCCGUCACAUAACUGAAGUGCACCCGUUCCUGAUGUACACAGUGAUCUCUCAAUAAACAA